UACCCUCCCAUCCUCUCAUCCAUCAAGCCAUCCUCAUACACAUACACUCAUCAUCAUAACAAUCCAACAUUAACAGAUGUGCCUCUCUCAGCACCCGCCACAGCCGAGAGAUUGGGAGAGCGAGAGAGAAACAGUGAGAGAGCUUUACAGGAGGACUGCAGAGUAAAUCGAAAGGUAAACUGGCGAUCAGCAUCCUCGGUACCACGGGAGCAUCUGCGUCUGGAUUUUUCAACAGCUUCAUCUCGGCGAGCUUCAUGCUGGGUGAAAGUAACCAAGUGAUGGACUGAGGGCAGAAUGGGUGGAAUGUAAACGUUGCCGCCUCCUUUGAACUUCAUCUUUAGGGUGAAGUGUGUGUGCGGUGUGUGCAACGGUAAACCUGCUAUUCUAAAACAGGAGAGAAGAAACAGAACCACACAAAAAGAGAAAUGAAGUGAAAUGAGUUUUCGUUUCAAAGCAUCCUAGAAUGUAAGAUAUCACAGGAUUCUGAACUUUGUUGAAUGAUACCAUUGCAAUCAUGGGCCCUCAGGGUGGAGUCCUGCUGCUACUGUUUCCACUUCCCUGCUUACUUUCUGCUCAACUCAGCACUGUGUCUGGACCUGACCACCCCAGCCUGGAUCUCACCCCGACACCUUUUCCUACCGUCCAAAAUACAAGCAUCACAACAGGAGAGAGUUUGGACACCAGCAUCUUGCCUACUAGUCAAGGCCCGACUGUAAACGUGAACGACAACCAGUCUGCAGCGGAGACUUAUCUCUACACUGGCGAGUUGUCAUCCCUGACUGGAUCUAUCUGCACGCAGACUUUCCAACUUCCCGUUCAGCAGGGAUCUCCACCAAGAGACCUUUUUCCAUUCGUGCACCAAGCCGUAGCAUCUCUCACCAACGCUGCCAACUUCCUCAACUUGAUAUUCCAAGCCAGCGAGCUGAGAGAAACAAGCGUACGAGAGGAUAUCGAAUGGUAUCACGCUCUGGUCCGGGCCUUGCUCGAAGGAGACAGGCCAGGCCUGGUCAGACGAGCUUUCCUGAUGUUCGAUGCUGACCCCACUAUCCAACAGCCCCAACUGGUGCUCCGAGCGUCUAAGGAUUCCACACAGGACAUCCUCCUGCAGGACCUCACUUCUGUCUGGAGCAGCCUCCUUCCUCCUGCUCCUGACCAUAGCUGGUUUAAUUCCUUCAAAUCUGGCUCCCCACCUCUCCAUGCUUUGUCUAAACAAAUUCUUUUAAAUGACCUGAGUACCCUAGACACACCUAAGUGGGCCCGCGGCGAUAGUUAUGUGAUGAAUAGCAGUGGGGUUCAAUGGGAAGGUUCUCCUUUCCUCGAGUGUGUGGAUGGUCGGUUUUUACCAGGAUGGUUGAUCAGCCUCUCGAUGCCAUUUUACGGGCUGAAGCCAGAUCUCAGCCCGGAGUUCAGGGGUGUGAUCCGUGUGGACAUGAACAUCCAGGGAUUCAGUGUGGAUCAGUGUGCCAGUGGAGACUUCUGGUUUGCAAACACACACAAGUGUAAUCGUACCAGCAUGGAGUGUGUGCCAAUCCCACAACAGGGCUUCCGGAUGGGUCAGUACUGCUGCAGAUGUAAAAAGGGCUAUUACAGCCCAAUUCCAUACAUACAAAGCAAAAUGGCAGGGGGGAGCAGAGUGAAUGGUACCCAAGCGUGUUACCCAGAAAUCCCUGUGUGUCUGCCCUGUUGGCCCGGCUGUGAUCAGUGUGAAGAUGGAGCCCCGUGCUGCGUGCAGGAAGACUGGCUCCUGAGAUCAGGUGUCCUGGCUGUGCAGGGACUCUUCAUGGUCCUCGUUCUCAUCAGCAUGCUGGUGGCAUAUCAGUGCAGAAGAACCAAAUGGAUCCGAACGUCUGGUCUUUUGUUGCUUGAGAUGAUCCUUUGCGGUUCUCUGUUGCUUUACUUCCCCGUCUUCAUUCUAUGUUUCAAACCCAGUACAUUUCGCUGUAUUCUUCUCCGCUGGGUCCGUCUGCUUGGCUUUGCUAUUGUUUAUGGAACCGUGAUGCUCAAGAUGUACCGGGUUCUGAAGGUGUUCCUCUCGCGCACAGCCCAGCGAGUGCCGUACAUCACCACCACAGGUGUGCUGAGGAUACUGGGAGUCAUUGUGCUUACUGUCAGCUGGUUUCUGUGUGCAUGGACAGUUGGCGUCCUUCAGAAUCGAGACCGGAAUGUUCCUUUACUAAUCAUAUCCACCACCUCAGAAGGACAAGGUUUCAAUCUGUGCGAUCUGGACCGGUGGGACUACAUGAUGGCUGUGGCGGAGCUGUUGUUUUUGUGCUGGGGAAGUUUCCUGUGCAGUGCAGUAAAGACGGUUCCAUCAGCGUUUCACGAACCACGAUACAUGACCAUCGCCAUCCACAAUGAGCUACUGCUCUCUUCCCUAUUUCAUCUUCUCAGAUUUGUCCAGCCAUCACUUCAUCCUGACUGGAUGCUCUUGUUGUUCUUCACUCACACGCAUGUAACAAUUUCAGUAACACUCAGCCUACUCUUCAUACCUAAGUUUCUUUACAUGUCACGGUCAGGCCGGGAGGAAAUAGCUGCAGAGGUUUAUGAGGAUGAGGUGGAACUGCGACGCUCAUGCUCAUAUCUUAACAGCAGUUUCACCUCCAACUGCUGCAGCGACCACAGUCUGGACCCUGAUGACAUUCGGGAUGAGCUGAAGAAACUGUAUGCUCAGCUGGAGGUCCACAAGACCAAGAGGAUAACAAACAACAACCCCCAUCUGUCGAAAAAGCGCAGCUCCCGCCUCAGUAUCGGACGCUCGCUCAUUAAAAGAAUCACUGAGAUCCCAGAAAGCUUGAGCAGGCAAUGCAGCCGUGAAGAUAAGGAUGUCAAUUCCGCAAUUGGGACUGUAAGUCGAGCAGGAUCUUACUACAAAAGUCCUAAUACCACAAGCAUUAAUAGGACGAAUGAAUCGUUAACGCAGCCCUCGCCAAAACUGCGGAAGUCCCAUAGCACAUGUGCCCCGAGGAGAGACUCGCUUUUAAACUCCUCUAUAAAGAGCACGGCAGACAAGAGGGCUUCACAACUUUCUGACGUUGGAUCUAUUAACACGACGUUGCUGGUCUGCAAGUCCGCAAGUGCGCAUAAUUUAACCGCAGACACUAACCUUCUACUUCCAGAGCCCACCAGGUUUCAAAAGUCCCUCAGCGUCAUAGAACGCAACGGUCAUCGUUCUCUGACUCCAUGCAGAAGCAUUGAAAACGUGUCACUUGGUGCCAAAGCAGUUCCGGCAGAAAAGCGUCAGAAAAAUGUGGACAUCAACAUACAGAAGCAGACUUCAAGUGCCUUGCUCUCCGAGUCAUUUGACAAGGCGGAGGUCUGCCCGUGGGAGGUUCUAGAAGAGCAAACCUCCAACAAGAAUCAAAAACAUGUCACAUACUCUCUUGCAAACCAAGAAGAACCCAAAUCACCUGAUGCUCUAUCGUCACCAAAGCUAUUAUAUGUCUGUCCGUGGGAGUUCCUGCCACCUCCUAGUUCCCCUGUGACAGAAAAUGGGAAUGGGAUACAGACAGACGCCAAUUCCACAAAACCUGCCCUUCCGAUCUCCUGUAGCGCUCCAGGGUCUCCAAAUACAGUUUUAGGAAAGCCGAAAGAGUUUCAAGUGUUUUCUUUCCGUACUGCAACUCAGAGCCUUCUUGUGGCAAAGGGCAUAGGGGAGGCUGGAAGAAGUUUGAGCAGAGAGAAAAGCUUUCAAGAAAGUGAUGUUAAAGAGGGAACACUACAAAAAUCCCUGUCCACAUCAAUGAGAUUGUCCCUGGGAAGUGCAGCUUCAAACAAGCGUACCUCACAGCCGCAGAGACGGGCUAUGACAACCGUCGAAAUCAAACCUUGCCUUGUGAAACAAGCAGCAGUACGACUGCCGUCUACAGAUUCCACUGAGAGGAGUCCUAAACACAGUGCUCCUGUUCACAUCUGUCCAUGGGAGUCAGAGGAGGUGAUCUUGGUGGUCAAAAAGCAGAAUGAAGAUGUUUUACAUAGACAAUACAGUGACAAGCAAGCACUCUCUGCGACACUAAGCAAGGACUGCUACAAACCUUCUGGGUUCCAACCUAAAUCUUUCUUAACCAUUCCAAAUGCAGAGGUGUGUCCGUGGGACGUCCCGAAACCUUUUCAUCAAACCAGCAUUUCUGAAGUCUGUCCUUGGGAGGUUGUGGAAGAAUUACAAAUCAAGAGCGUACAAACCGAUGUUUGUCCUUGGGAAAUGGAUUCGGCCCCAUCAAGUGAUGCUAAAGACAAUACAUGCAGUGACUCUGUUCAGAAGCAGGCACAUGUAAAGCCUGAAGUAUGCCGUUCUUACAUACUUGACAUGAAUGAGUCUGUGGUUAGACAGGAAUACACCAAAAAUCCAAGUGACUCAAUAAAACCUGGUGAAAGGGUAAUUUAUGUUCAAGCUGAAAACAGUCCAGGAGACCAUGAAACAGCCGAGAGUGGUGCAUGCUCCUCUGAAGCACAUGAAACACAGAAACAAGAAUGUGAUUUUCCCGAACCACCUUCACCCAUAACUGACACAAGUCUUUGGGAGUCAGAGCCAAAUACAAAAGACACUUCAAAUAGCUCAAUAGUUGUCAUAGAGUUUGAUAAGUCUGGAGAGAUGGCAAGUACCAAAGAACGAGAAAGUGUCCACGAAGAUGUUUGUCCAUGGGAAACAAGUGAACCAGGGAAGACUUUGCAAAAGCAAGAAAGUGUCCGCACUGAAGUUUGUCCAUGGGAAGCAGUUGAACCAGUCAAGACCUUGCAGAAGCAAGAAAGUGUCCGCACUGAAGUUUGUCCAGGGGAAGUAGAUGAACCAGUCAAGACCUUGCAGAAGCAAGAAAGUGUUCUCACAGAAGUUUGUCCAUGGGAAGGAGAUGAACCUGUGAAAACCUUACAGAAGCAAGAAAGUGUUCGUGUAGAUAUCUGUCCAUGGGAAACUGAAGUGCCAGUGAAAUCUCUGCAAAAACAAGAAAGUGUCCUUGCAGAUGUUUGUCCAUGGGAAACAAGUGAACCAGUAAAAACCUUCCAAAAACAAGAACGUGUUCACACAGAGGUUUGUCCAUGGGAAAAUGAAGCGUCGCUGCAUAAAGAAGAAAGUGUUCGUGAAGAUGUCUGUCCAUGGGAAACCGGUGAGCCAAGCAAGACCUUGCAGAAACAAGAAAGCGCUUAUUCAGACGUCUGUCCAUGGGACGCUAAACAAUCACUCAAAGAACCUGAAGGCCACAUUUAUGCCAGCACAUCAACAAGGCAAAACAGCAUUCAAGAAAAGGACAUGGAAACACCAGAAGACACCAGGAUUCCUACAGAGAUGGGAGACAGAGGUGUGAUUCAGCCUGCAGAUACCAGAGAUGAGAUGAGUGUUAACUCUCCACUGGCCCGUUGUGACGCAUUGUGCCCUUGGGACAUGGAAAGGGGCAGACAAGAAUCUGUACCAGUGCAUGAUAAUAUGGAUGUGUUUACUUGGGAAGAGACUAUACUGGAGGAAGAUGAUGGUAAUGCAGAAAGUGCUGCAGAGGCCUUCAUAUUCCCUCCAGACAUGUGACACGUGAGGGCAGUUUCAUUGUACUUCAUAUAAUGUGACUCAAAAAUAAAUCAAUGGUCUGAACGGGCUGAUGAAGAACGUCCCUCUAACAUUCCAAUUUGAGGGUUUGACCUAUGGCAACUUUCAUUUUCGGCUUUGUAAGAGACAACAUCAAUGCAGAGCUCUCCACAAUGCACAUUCCCCUUUUGCCUUACAAACCCUUUGUUUAAUGUUAUUGUGGCAAGGGGUGUGUGGUUUAGCGAGGUCUGCGCCGAAGGGAGGAGGCGUGAGAAAGA